GUGAGAAGCAGACGUGAAGAGUAGGAGCUGCGUGGGACGCCGAACAAUAAGGAGGGGCAGCUGCCCAGAGCCUACGACCGUUUGUCGUGAAACCUGGCGGUUGAUAAGACGAGAAAACAAAGGCGCGUCCACCAUGUUCGGCGAAAAAGCCAUGGAGCUGGUUCGGGAGCUGCACCGCGCGCCGGAAGGACAGCUGCCAGCUUUCAACGAGGAUGGAAUCAGACAAGUUCUAGAGGAGAUGAAAGCAUUAUAUGAACAAAACCAGUCUGAUGUAAAUGAAACAAAGUCAGGUGGAAGAGGUGAUUUGAUACCAACCAUCAAAUUUCGUCAUUGUUCUUUGUUAAGAAAUCGGCGCUGCACUCUAGCCUAUCUGUAUGACCGGUUGCUUCGGGUUAGAGCUCUCAGGUGGGAAUAUGGGAGCGUCUUGCCAAAUGCUUUACGAUUUCACAUGUCUGCUGAAGAAAUGGAGUGGUUCAACCAUUAUAAAAAGAUCCUUGCCACUUACAUGAGGUCACUAGGAGGAAAUGAAGGUUUGGACAUCACACAGGAUAUGAAACCUCCGAAAAGCCUAUAUAUUGAAGUGCGGUGUCUAAAAGACUAUGGAGAAUUCGAAGUGGAUGAUGGCACUUCAGUCCUAUUAAAAAAAAAUAGCCAGCACUUUUUGCCUCGGUGGAAAUGUGAACAGUUGAUCAGACAAGGAGUUCUGGAGCACGUCCUGUCUUGACUGUCCAGGCUGAACACACAUGAGGAACUUCCAGGCCCUGUCCGGGUGUAAAGCUGAACACAACUCACAGAAAUGUCUGCACUUCAACCUUCCACCUCUCUCCACCACUUCUUUGAUAUUAAAUUUAGAUAAGUUUUCAGCAUUCACUAAGUCCUGAGUUCCACAGCCCUGCAAGUAAUAACAAAAGCCAGGAAUAGUUGGCAAGGAGUAAAAUUUGCUAACUUGGAAUUCCGGACUUCUGUUUUUCUGUAUGGUACACCAUUCUGCCUGCUAUUUUUUAAGCAAUAUCUAUAAUCAUAACAUUGCCUUUACUGGGGCAUUGACCUUUUCUAAAUAAAAAUAAACAUACUUAAGCUUGAAUCUCUUUUUAAAAUAAUGGGAAUCACCCACUGUACAAGCAGAUGUCAGAUCCUUGUAUCUUGCUUAUUUUCUUGUGAUCACUCUGUUCCAGGGGGCCAAGUUUCUGAAAUGCAUGUUUCUAGAGAAAGAUGAUUUUAAGUAUUUCUGUAUGUGUAAUGUG